AUGAUUACACAGAUGAAAAUUUCAUUUAGUGAUGUCAUACGUUUUGAUUACGGCUCUUACUCUGAAAUAUUUAAGGCAUUUGAUAAAAGUAAUAAUCAAAUGGUUGUCUUAAAAGUGAUUCGUGCCUUAAGUGGUCAACUAAUACAACAACUCGACAAUUCAGAGUCGGGAUCUAUAACUACAUUUGAAGAUAUCUUUAAUGAAUUUCAGAUAAGCCAAACUCUAUCGACUUUAAACUCUUCAUCCGUCGACUUUAGUACCAAUUGUUUUCCUCGAGUUUUAUCAAAGUAUUUGGUUUGCGGACAAAUACCACAAUAUUUUUGUAUCGAUAAUCCCAACGUUGAGUUAAUGCAAAUCAAAAACGAUUUUCAUAAUUUGAAUACAUUUCCUCAUGAAUAUGCUGUAAUCAUAAUGACAUUUGGAGGACAGUCUCUAUGGAAAGUCAUAGAAGAUAAAAGUAUAAAUGCAAAGCAAUUGCUUAGUGUUUUAAGACAAGUCAUCAUAGGAUUAGCUGUGGCUGAGGCCAGGUUUGACUUUGAGCACAGGGAUCUUCACGAUUCAAAUAUAAUAAUUAGUGAAACUAAUUGCGAUAAAAUUCAUUUCAUCCAUAAUUGCAAACAUUAUUAUGUUGAGAGUCGAGGACUGAAAGCCACUAUAAUUGACACAACUUUUUCAAGGAUUACAAUUGAUAAUACAGUUUAUUGUAAAGACUUAACAAAUGUUAUGGUAUUCACGCCAACAACUAAAUUGUCGGCUCAGGACAGGACUUAUAAAUCAAUGGUUACUCUAACUAAAAAAAAUUGGAGUCAAUUUUGUCCAAAAACUAACAUUAAUUGGUUGUUAUUUAUAUGCAGAAGACUUUUGAAAUCUCAGAUAAUCAUCACUUCAAGUGACCAAAGAAGUGGUGUAACUAUUAAUAUAAAAAUACAUCCAAACUCUCCCGAUUUCUACUUAAUGUAUGAUAAAUCUAUUGUUCCAAAAGUUAACAUUAUAGAUACUAGACUUUAUAUUCAUCGGUCAAUUGUUCAUUCACAAGUAGUACUAGCACAUAAUAAAAUGCUUGAAGAAGAUAAACCUGCACUAUAUUUUAUUACCCGCCGUGAAGUAAAAACAUGUACUAUACCAAAGGAUAGUAUUGAUUAUUGUUUGAAUAAUGUUGAGAGUGGUGUUCUACCUAGAAGCUGUAUAUAUCAUUUUUUACGGCAUAUUGCUUGUUAUUUAAAUGGUCAACAGUACCCGCAUAAACCGUAUACACCUGACUUUCAAAAUGAUAAAUAUAUUAGAGAAUACUUUAGUUUAUUUGAAGUUAGUAAUCAGCUGAGCCAUACUACUUGUGACAUUACAAAAGAUGAAUUUGCCGAAGGUUUUUCAAUAUUUGCAUUUAAUUUCAUACCUGACCUAUCAGAUGGCGUUGCAAAAAGUGGUUAUGUAUCUCCAUUACAAAGAGGUGGACUUAGAAUUGAAUUAAAAUUUAAUUACCCUUUAGCCGAACAAAUAACUGCUUUAAUAUAUUGUGAAUACGAUAGUUUAAUUGAAAUACAGAAAAACCGAUUUGCUGUUAAAGACUUUUCAUGA